AUGGCGAACUACCUCGCUUCCAUCUUCGGCACAGAAGCUGACAAAGUCAACUGCUCGUUCUACUACAAAAUCGGCGCCUGCCGCCACGGCGACCGCUGCAGUCGCAAGCACGUCAAGCCCUCGUACAGCCAAACGAUCCUGCUGCCCAACCUAUACCAAAACCCGGCCUACGACCAAAAGAACAAGAUGAACGCGUCGCAGCUCCAGAACCACUUCGACGCCUUCUACGAAGACUUUUGGUGCGAGAUGUGCAAGUACGGCGAAGUCGAAGAAGUCGUCGUCUGCGACAACAACAACGACCACCUCAUCGGCAACGUGUACGCGCGCUUCAAGUACGAGGACAGCGCGCAGGCCGCCUCCGAGGCGCUGAAUUCCCGCUGGUACGCCGCCCGACCGAUCUACUGCGAGUUGAGCCCCGUGACGGAUUUCCGCGAGGCGUGCUGUCGGCUGAACAGCGGUGAGGGCUGUGUCAGAGGCGGGUUCUGUAAUUUCAUCCAUCGCAAGGAGCCCAGUCCGGAGUUGGAGAGGGAGUUGGAGCUCAGCACCAAGAAGUGGUUGAAGGAGAGGGGCAGGGAUGAGCGGUCGGUGUCGCGGAGCCCGAGUCCGGAGCCGACGAGGAAGCGGUAUGCUUGA